AUGGGAAGUAUUGAUACUCACACACUUGCCCUUCUAGGAUGCAAUGAGUUGUUUAACGAGUGGAAUGCUAUUUUACAGCAAUUACGUAAUUACCAAUUUGGAAAGGCUGAUUAUGUUGCCUUCAAAUAUAUUACCCUUUUGGAUGUUUGUUUUUAUCGAGCACCAAACGAUCCCCCUAAUAUCGUCAGUCAAUAUGAUAAAGUAGUUCAAAUGCAUGAUCAAGUACUUCAUAGUUGGCUUCAUCUUCGGAGCUAUUCCGGCAAUCCAUCUAUAGCCAAGUCAGAUUCUCUCCACAAAUUUAGUCAAUUAGCUUCUAAAUGUGUAGAACGUCUUCGUUCCAGACUCAAUCAAUCACCGGAAAUUCAAAAUAUUCCAGUGUUCCUUAGUGAAAUGCUCUUUACUAAUAAAAAUGUAGGCAUUGGUGGAGGUACAAAACUUGUUGAUUAA